CAGCUCGUGUCACUAGCUACGUACAUCGAUCGAUCUAUAGCCACACCAGCAUGAGGUCGUCGCCGGUAGUGCUGCCCCUGCUCGCCGCCGCGCUCCUCGUCGCGUCGUCGUCGGCGCAGGCCGCGUGGGUGCCCGUCCUGGACGUGAACGAGCUGGUGAUCAAGCAGGUGGCGCAGUUCGCGGUGCUGGUGUACGGCCUCGCCCACCACAGGGACCUGGCGUACGUGGGCGUGGUGCGUGGGCAGACGGAGCAGGCCGUCGGCGGCGGCACCAACUUCCGCCUCGUGGUGGUCGCCGCCAGGCCCGACGACGGCGGGAGCACCGCGCAGUACGACUGCCUGGUGUGGGGCGUGCCGGGGUCGCGCUCCGACACCUGGAAGCUCCGCAGGUUCAGGAAGAUCGUCCAGGGAUAGCUGCUGAAUGAAGGCGCUGCCAAUGCAAGCUAAUUGUCUACUCCCAAGCAUGUUUUUGAAAAGUGUAAUACGUUCCAUUUUGGCGUCAGUAAUAAGGUAGUAUUUCAAUGAUCAACUGUAAGUCGUGUCCUCCUCAUUUAGCAGGAGCCAUGUAUGGUUAUCUGAGUUUAAUUUUGUGUGUUGGUGUUACUCCAAGUAUGUAACUCAACAAUUAAGCAUUGUUCAAGCUCUAUAUACAUACA